CCUCACGCGCCAUAGUGACUGUAGUCGUGGAGACAGUUACCAACGGGAGCAACACGCAGCAACAGCAGCAGCAGCAACGGGAAAAGUGAGUGUUUGAGAGAAAGAGCGCAGCCUGGGCCGAAUUAAAGAGAAGGCAAAGUGUUCAGCAUGCAGAGCUCAGAGGGAGGGUCUGACUCCGGCUCGGCCGUGGUGCUGCACACGUCCACCUCCGUCCAGGCCCCCGUGGUGCAGCCCGUCCCUGCCUCCCAGCAGGUCCAUCAUGUGGUUCAGCAUGUGUACCCAGUCCAAACCCAAUAUGUCGACGGAGGGGAAGCCGUCUACCCUAACGGAACCAUCCGGGCGGCCUACUCCUACAACCCCCAGGCCCAGCUCUAUGCGCAGUCGGGCGGAGGGGCCUACAUGGACGCGCAGGCCGGGGGGGGCCAGGUGACCGCCGUGGUGUCGUCGGCCAGCGUUCCCUCCCACGGCAUGGCCGGCGUCUCCAUGGAGGCCAGGGCCGGACAGAUCAUGUCCGGCGGCAACGCUUACAUCAUCCACGGCAGCUCGGUGGAGGGCAGCCGCCAGCACACCUCCCGCUCCUCCUCCGCCAUGCUGCAGUGGCUGCUGGAUAACUACGAGACGGCGGAGGGGGUGAGCCUGCCACGCAGCUCCCUGUACUACCACUACCUGCGCCACUGUCAGGAGCAGAAACUAGACCCCGCUAACGCCGCCUCCUUCGGCAAGCUCAUCCGCUCUGUCUUCAUGGGCCUGAAGACCCGCCGGCUGGGAACCAGGGGGAACUCCAAGUACCACUACUACGGCAUCCGUCUGAAGCCUGACUCCCCUCUCAACCGCCUGCAGGAGGACUCUCAGUACAUGGCCAUGAGGCAGCAGUUUGUGCACCAGAAACGGAGGUACAAGCCCCUGCAGAGGAUGGACAGCAUGGGCUACGGCCUGUCCGGAGGCCCCCAGCACCUCAGCAGCACCCCCGAGCAGACCGAGUCCUCCCAGAGCCAGCACCACCAGCAGUACAUCGAUGUGUCCCAUGUCCUGCCCCCGUUCCCCACGCCGGACCCGGGCUCCCACCCCCUUCCCGACGGCAUCGUGGCGAACGACCUGAAAAAACUGCAGAACCUGUACAGGGACCACUGUGAGGCUACUCUGGACGUGGUGAUGAACCUGCAGUUCCACUACAUCGAGAAGCUGUGGCAGACCUUCUGGUGUUCAGCAGCACCAUCUAGUGACAGAGGCACCCCUCUGCCUAGCAGCGAGGGGGAAGCGGAGGGGCCCCUGUCCCAGGAGCAGCUGGUGGCCCUGUGCCGGUAUGAGCCGGUGAUGCAGUGGAUGCGGAGCUGUGACCACGUCCUGUACCAGGCCCUGGUGGAGAUCCUCAUUCCCGACGUGCUCCGCCCCGUUCCCAGCACUCUCACCCAAGCCAUCCGCAAUUUCGCCAAGAGCCUGGAGUCCUGGCUGACCGCAGCCAUGAGCCACUUCCCCCAGGAGAUUGUUCGUACCAAGGUGGCGGUAGUGAGUGCGUUUGCGCAGACGUUGCGCAGGUACACAUCUCUGAAUCACCUGGCUCAAGCGGCCCGCGCUGUACUGCAGAACACCUCGCAGAUUAACCAGAUGCUCAGCGACCUCAACCGAGUGGACUUCACCAACGUGCAGGAGCAGGCCUCGUGGGUGUGCCAGUGUAACGAGGCCAUGGUGCAGCGUCUGGAGCAGGACUUUAAGGUGACGCUGCAGCAACAGAGCUCUCUGGACCAGUGGGCACUGUGGCUGGACAGCGUGGUCAACCAGGUCCUCAAGCCCCACGAGGGCAGCCCCAGCUUCCCCAAGGCAGCGCGCCAGUUCCUGCUCAAAUGGUCCUUCUACAGCUCCAUGGUGAUCCGGGACCUGACCCUACGCAGCGCCGCCAGUUUCGGCUCCUUCCACCUCAUCCGCCUGCUCUACGACGAGUACAUGUUCUACCUGGUGGAGCACCGCGUCGCCCAGGCAACCGGCGAGACGCCCAUCGCCGUCAUGGGAGAGUUCAGUGACCUCAGCUCAAUGACCCUCAUGGAUAAAGACACGUCUCACUUCACCGGCGAUAUUGGGGAGCUGAGCAGCAACGGAGACGUUUCUGGGCUCCCCGGGGAACUACCGGUCAAGAGGGAGAGGAUCGAGAUGAACCACUCGCUACAGGAGAUCUGAGCCCCCACACACACACAUCCCGCCACCACCCAAGUCGAGUCACGCAUUCAGGACACUGCGUACUUUUCAAGUUCCCCUGACGGGAGCUUUCGAUACCUUUACGGGGGGGGGGAAA